UGCGUGGUGCGCACGUCUUGCAGCUCAUUGGUUGGCGCCACAUUAUAAAAGUCCCGCAGCGUCCUUUUUUCACUUGAACAUCGCGCACAUCCAGCUAUAACGUCACCCUUGAAACGAAGCGAGCGCCAAGUUGUCGCCGUGUCGAUAAUAGUCGUUUUCAUCCCCAGCAUGAAGGAGAGACGCCUCCCGCAGCCUUUGGUGGCGCGCUGCAAACUAGUGCUGGUUGGAGAUGUCCAGUGCGGCAAAACAGCCAUGCUGCAAGUCCUGGCCAAGGACUGCUACCCAGAGACAUACGUCCCUACUGUGUUUGAGAACUACACAGCCUGCAUGGAUCUUGACGGCCAGCGUGUUGAGCUCAGUCUUUGGGACACAUCAGGUGAGCAUUUGCUUCCUCUUUCUCUCCCCUUUUUCUUAAUAAACUCCUGGAUUGUUUUUGCAUGAGCAUCCAUUUGGUCAGUACUGUAGUUUUAUUAUUCUUUGUUGAUUUUAGUGGUACUAGUUGUCCCUCCCCACAGAGACCGUCUUCCUGCAGACA